AUGGUGGGAUUGGCUGAAGAUGAAUAUGUUCGAGAGAUUACCGAUUUUGUGAACACUUGCGGUGAUGGAUGGACACUUCAUAAGAUCAACGAUUCAAUAAUUUCGAAGCAAUCUGUAAUUUGCCGUUAUGAAGAGCAAGUUUUGAAUCGGCAAUGCCAUUUCAUUUAUAAUCGAAAAUUGUCGCGUUUGGAACUUUGGUUUAUGAUGUAUUGUAGAAGCGGCCGCCCGUUGCGAAUUCGCGAGAUCGCCGCGAUUCUCGGCACGAAACCCGAAAGUAAUGAUGCGAUUGUCGUCGAGUUGGCGCAGCACCCGACGUUGGCGAUUCCGUUUUACAAAUUGUACGAGAAUCCGACCGAUUCGUCGGAUUUGAUGAGCAAAGUACAAAAUGAGAAGAAUUAUGUUGCGAGAUGGAUCCGCGCGUUCGGAGCUGAAGCCGGCCUAUCGAAUCCAUCGAAGGAGCAGAAUUCUGAUGUGCUUGACUCGUCUUCAUCAUGCAGUCAAUCAAUUACCAGCACUGAUGAGGUCUAG